AUGUCAGGUUACCAUCUGGUCGGUUCAUGUAAUGGGUUGCACUGUGGGGUUAGCGAAAUACCAGAAGGAUACUGUGUUUGUUUCUUGAACAAGGCGACAAGGGUGAUAUCCAGAGAAUCGCCAAUGCUGUCUUUUUCCCCGGGCAUUGGUCGUAGAACAAUGUUUGGGUUUGGCUAUGAUCCGUCAAGUGACAAAUACAAGGUUGUAGCAAUUGCGUUGACUAUGCUCUCACUUGACGUAUCUGAAAAGACUGAGAAGAAAGUUUAUGGCGCGGGUGACAGUAGUUGGAAAAACCUUAAAGGUUUUCCUAUUCUUUGGACUUUACCUAAAGUUGGUGGAGUGUAUCUGAGUGGAACCCUUAAUUGUGUUGUUAUUAUGGGAAAAGAAACCAUUCAUUCUGAAAUCGUAAUUAUUUCUGUUGUCCUAGAGAAGGAGACUUGCAUAUCACUGUUUCUUCCCGACGAUUUUUGCAUUUUUGAUACAAAUAUUGGAGUUUUUAGAGACUCGCUGUGCGUUUGGCAAGAUAGCAACACCCAUAUUGGCUUGUGGCAGAUGAGGAAGUUUGGAGAUGACAAGUCUUGGAUUCAAUUAAUAAAUUUUAGUUAUUUACAUCUUAAUAUUCGUCCUUAUGAAGAAAAAUCCAUGAUUUUACCAUUGUGCAUGUCUAACAACGGAGACUUCUUCAUGCUGAAAUUCACUAGAAAUGCUGAUGAUGAAUACCAAACAAUUCUGUAUAACCAGGGGGAUGAUGGAAUAGAAGAGAAGACUGCCAAGUUGAAAGGAAGUGAGAAGGCUCUAGUUGCACGGCAUGAAGCUAGUCAUGCUGUAGUAGGUACUGCAGUAGCGAACCUUCUUGCUGGACAGCCACAUGUUGAGGGAAUAGAAGAGAAGACUACCAAGUUGAAAGGAAGUGAGAAGGCUCUAGUUGCACGGCAUGAAGCUAGUCAUGCUGUAGUAGGUACUGCAGUAGCAAACCUUCUUGCUGGACAGCCACAUGUUGAGGCUCUGGUUAUCAGACUCCUGGUUUAA